AUGUGGACCUUUACAUGUUUUGUUUGUCUUCUUCCUCUACAGCUGUCGAGUGGGAAUCCCAUUUACGACAAAUACUAUCGACAGGUUGAUCCCAGAGGCAGCGGGAGGGUGGCGGCAGCUGACGCCGCUCUGUUCCUGAAACGGUCGGGCCUGGCUGACCUGAUUUUGGGCAAGAUCUGGGAUCUGUCUGACUCUGAACGAAAGGGUUCCCUCAACAAACAGCAAUUUUUCAUCGCACUGCGCUUAGUGGCUUGUGCUCAGAAUGGCCUGGAGGUGGCACUCAAGAGCCUUAACGUGGCUGUUCCGCCCCCCAAAUUUCAGGACACAAGCAGCCCACUGUUAGCAGGGGGGUUAACCACUGAGCUUCCUUGGGUUGUCAAGCCUGAAGAGAAGUUGAAGUUUGACGCCAUCUUUGACAGCCUUGGUCCGGUUGGUGGGAUGCUAACAGGAGACAAAGUCAAGCCUGUCCUGCUCAACUCCAAACUGCCAGUUGACAUUUUGGGCCGGGUGUGGGAGCUCAGUGACAUCGAUAGGGAUGGCACAUUGGACAAAGACGAAUUCUCUGUGGCAAUGUAUCUGGUCUACAGAGCCCUGGAAGGAGAAAAUGUUCCCAUGUCUCUCCCGCCUCCCCUGGUUCCACCCUCCAAGAGGAAAAAAACCUCGGCGCCUCCUGUGAUGCCCUUGUUACCCUCGCCCCCCUCUGUGAAAGAGAGCCGCUCCUCCAAUACUGGAAGUAAGAUCAUGCCCCUCCCCACUAAACCCGCUCCAGCUCCUGCCCCAACGCCAGCAGCCGCCCCUGUGAGUACGCUACCACUUUUGGCCUCUGCUUAGUGGGUGGUGUCGCCGGCGGACAAAGCCAAAUAUGAUGAACUCUUCAGCAAAACGGACGGAGACAUGGACGGACUGGUGUCUGGACCUGAAGUCAGAGAUAUCUUUCUAAAAACGGGGCUGCCGUCUGCCACGCUUGCACGCAUCUGGGAGCUUUGUGACAUUGGCGACAUCGGAAAAUUGACCCGGGAGCAGUUCGCUCUGGCGCUCCAUCUGAUAAAUCAGAAGUUGACGAGAGGUGUGGACCCUCCGCAGAACCUUUCUCCGGAGAUGAUCCCCCCAUCUGAUAGGUUAAACAUCAAACAGAACAAUAUUGCCAACCUGGCAGCUGACUUCUCUGCAAUCAAGGAGCUGGACUCUCUUAGUAAUGAAAUUGUUGAACUACAAAGGGAGAAAACAACAGUGGAAGAAGAGAUCAAGGAGAAGGAAGAGGCCAUCAGCCAACGUAACAACGAGGUCCAGGACUUGCAAGGUGAGGUGGCGAGAGAGAAUGAGGUUCUCCAGCAGCUCCAGACCCAGCGCCAGAAGGUCCAGGAGGCCUUGGAGGAGCUGGACCAACAGAAGGGCUCGUUGGAGGAGCAGCUAGCCCACAUUCGCCAGCAGACGAGCCAAGAGAGCCAGCUGAUUACGUCGCUCCAAUCGGAACACGAAGAACAAGAACAGAGGAUAUGUCAGUACGAGGAGGAGCUGGUGCAGGCUCGUGAGGAGCUUCUGGCUCUGCAGGAGGAGAGCAAGAAGCUUCAGGAGAAGGUCCAAGCUGCACAGGAGCAACUCACACCUCUGCAGGAAUCUGUGAGAGACUCUUUCACACAAGUUGCACAGGUCCAAAACAAACUGAAGGACCUUCAGGUGGAGGAGAGGUCGAUGGCAGCCCAGCUGAGCUGGAAGAGAGCUCUGGAAGACGACUCUCCCGUCAUGGUCAACGGAUCGGCGGGACCCACGCCAGAGCUCCAACGCAGGGACCUCUUCCAGGAGAACCAAACUAAUGAGCUGAAGGUUGAAGAACCAGUUGCCUCUUUAAACACUCAGAAAGAACUCUUAGAACAAUCAGAGAAAGGCGUUAAAGAACAAAAAGAGGAGCAGGAAGACCGCCCCAAGACACCAGAAGAAGAAAAACCGAAACCCGAUGCUUUAGAUGACCUCUAUACGAGCUUUGCCUCGUCGGAGAUGUACACAAAUGCAUCGACGCUCCCAAAGCAACAAGAGAAAAUUGAACAAAAUAACUUUUCAACUGACGUCAUCUCAGAAGUCCAAGAUGAUGCAGCAGAGUCACUUAAAACAAGCCCACCAAAGGUUGGAUCACCAGAACCAGAGGUCAAAGAAGUUGCAGCCGCCUCUGAAGUCAUCCCAUCCUCAUUAUCAACGCAAGCGCUUGCCUCUCGCUCCACACCGGCCCCGACUGGCCAGCCCCCUCUGCCAGAGAUGGACUUCUUCCACUCGGACCCGUUUACAGAACAUGAUCCAUUCAAAGAUGACAUGUUUGGAAAAACGGAUGCUGCAGCCGAUCCAUUUGGAGGAGAUCCUUUCAAAGGGUCAGACCCCUUCGCUGCAGACGAUUUCUUCACUCAAACUACCAGCAGCCACUUUCCCUCAGACGACCCCUUUUCUGGCUCCGGCGACCCGUUCGGUACCACCGCUGAUGCGCCAGAGCCAGACCUGUUUGCGGCCAAAUGUAAAGAUACCGCUCCGGCAGAAGCGGACCCUUUCAACUCACAGCCCCCGAAUCAGACCAGCCCAGCCGCAGAUCCGUUCACCUCCACGGGAGACAGCACAGCUGAAUCGGACCCGUUUGCGCAAAAGUCGAAUGCCGCUUGUGAUGUGGAUCCAUUUGCUUCGCAGUACACGGGGAAAGAUCCAUUUAGCACCUCUCCGCCCAGUGCUGGUCUGGCAUUGAAGGACACCGCAGCAUCCAAUGACCCUUUUGCUCCAGGGGGUACCACCGUAAACGCCAGUUCGGACCCUGAUCCAUUUGCUGCUGUGUUUGGGAAUGAAUCGUUCGGAGGGGGCUUUGCAGAUUUCAGUGCCCUGGCAAAGUCAAACGGCGCCGAUCAGUUCGGCAUCAACAAUAAGAACUUGUUCCAAGGCGACAACCAGGCUGGCAACGCAGACGUUCCCCCCGCCCUCCCUCCCAAAACGGGUACACCGACCAGGCCGCCCCCGCCACCUCCAGGUAAGAGAUCCUCCCUCUCCAGAACAGAGUCCUCGGACUCCUUCCAACGGCGCGGCCAUCCCACCUCGGGAGAUUUUUCCUCCUCUUCCUCUUCCUCCUCCCUGCCCGCCAAGGAUCCCUCGGCCGACCCUUUCGCCCCUUCCUCCCCUCCUCGUCAACACGUCCAGGAAGCCGACCGCUUUGCCAGCUUUGACAAAUACCCAACGGAGGAAGACAUGAUCGAGUGGGCAAAACGGGAAAGCGAACGGGAGGAAAAAGAGCGUCUGGCCAGGCUCACUCAGCAGGAACAAGAAGACCUGGAAUUGGCCAUCGCUCUCAGCAAGUCUGAACUCUCCUGA